AUGCCCGCUAACGCCAUGGGCGACACAAAGCAUCUUCACGAGACAAUGCCUAUUCUCUCAUAUGAGGAAGCGACGGCGGGACAAUCGUCGCGACACCAAUCUUGGACUGGAUCAAGUGAACGGGAGAGUCUUCUUAACCAUGAUUCUCAAACACGGCGCCUGACAUAUCGUGCCCCGACGGUGGAAGAUGUACCUGAUGAGGAUGAACGGGAUACUUUCCUAGGCCAGGACGGGUCAGAGUGGAGGGGUCGGGCCAGUGGAGAGGCUAUCGUGCGACGAGAAAUAGAGGAGCUCGAGAUGGAAGAACCUAAUGCCAAUAUUCGACAGAGUGCAUGGGGAAAACGGAUCAGUAACCUGAGUCAGAAAUUACAGAUGCCUUUCAGGUUACCAUUUCGCUGGACCUGGAAAUUGCGACUGCUGGAUGGUUUCAACUGGCCGAAGAUCAGUGUAGACCUUUGCCUUAUCCUAGCGCGCUGCUUCUUUAUCAUACUGGUAAUGGCUGUGGUUUACAUCUUGUUCAUCAGCGAUUUAUUUGCCGUGGAUAUGCCUAAGAUUGCGGGACAAAUCUUCGAUCCCGAAAGUGUGCGGAUACAUGUACAAAGCUCAGUGGACCCUAACCUGAUAAGAGAAAACUUAAAACUCCUCACAACGACAGACCAUAUUGCAGGCACUGAAGGUGAUUAUGCAUUAGUGCAAUAUAUGACUGAUUUUUUCAAAAAUUACUUGGAAGAUGUACGAACCGAUGAAUAUGGGGUCUACAUGAAUUACCCAAAAGUAGGGGGUCGAAAAGUUGAGAUUCUAAAUGAGGAUGGAAGCAGUAAAUGGCAUGCUAAAAUUGAGGAAGAUCCCGUCUACGUUGACCCGCCUAGACAACAAACACUAGUUUUUCAUGGACACUCCAAGAGCGGGAAUGUAACUGGUCCUCUUAUCUAUGCGAAUUAUGGUUCUAGACAGGACUUCAAAACACUUUAUGAUAGUGGUAUCAAUACAACUGGUGCUAUCGCCUUGAUACGGCACCAUGGAAGUCAAGGAGAUAAUUCUUUGAAGGUUAAAGCUGCGAGCCAAGCAGGGUUUCUGGGGUGUAUAACAUACAGUGAUCCAUAUGACGAUGGCUUUUUAAAGGGGAGAGUGGCACCCGAAGGACGCUUCAUGCCAGAGAGAGGUGUUCAGCGAGGUGGAGUGAGCAUAACGAGCCAGGUUAUUGGGGAUGUUCUCACUCCAGGUUGGGCAAGUGUGCCAGGAGCCCAACGGAUCUCUAAGGAAAGCAACUCCGGUCUGGUUAGUAUUCCCAGCAUACCUUUGUCAUGGGGAGAUGCUCAGCACUUACUCAAAGCUAUACAAGGAUUCGGGGAAGCAAGUCCAGAGGGAUGGAAAGGUGGUAUUCCCAAUAUUGAAUAUUGGACUGGAAAUUCAUCUUCACCCAAGGUUCAUUUACUCAAUGAUCAGGAUGAAGUCGAACAGCAGCCUAUCUGGAAUGUAUUGGGCAGGAUCAAUGGAGUUGAGCAGAUGGAAAAGUCUAUCAUAAUUGGUAACCAUCGUGAUGCCUGGCAUUAUGGUGCGGCCGACCCUGGAUCUGGAACUGCCAUUAUGAUGGAAAUCAUUCGUAUCUUUGGAGACCUUUACCACCGUGGUUGGAGACCAUUGCGCACUAUUGAGUUUGCCUCCUGGGAUGGCGAGCAAUAUAAUCUACUUGGAUCUACGGAAUGGGUCGAGGAUCAUGUAGAGAAAUUGCGCAAAGAUGCAUUUGUAUACCUGAAUGUUGGUUCUGCAGUUAGCGGCUCCAAUUUCAGAGCUUCCGGAAGUCCCGUCUUUACAAAAUCACUUAUGGAGGUACUGAAGCGCACAUCAGAUCCCCUCAAAAAUAAGACUAUGAUUGACCUAUGGGAGGAGACCGGAGGAAAACUCGGUGAUAUCACCGGACGAAGUGACUACCUCCCAUUUCAGAGUAUGGCUGGCACAUCAAGUUUCGAUAUGGGCUUUUCUGAUGGUCCCUAUCCUCAGCAUUCCGCCUACGACAAUUUUGAGUGGCUUGACACCGUCGGUGAUCCUGGCUUCGUGUAUCAUAAGAUUCUUGCCCAAAUAUGGGCCCUACUUAUACUCGAGUAUGCUGACAAACUGGUGCUGCCAUUUGACAUUUCAGCAUACUCUGCAUCACUAACGCAGUCGGUCAUCGAUCUUGAUACGUGGGCUGCGGAUAAGGGUAUCAACCAAGAUGGAAAUACACCGUGGAGUAUUGAACCACUACGUGAAGCUGUACUACAGCUUGCGGGCGAUUCGCGACGUUUUUCGCGCUGGGAGCAGGAAUGGAAUGCAGUCGUCUAUGGCGGCGGUGGUUAUGAGACGCCGCGCAUGGCUGAGCAUCGCAAAAGCUACAACAAUCGAAUGGCCAAUUUUGAGACGCAUCUCUUGGACCUCGAUGAAGGUGGUGGUAUCCCGAAUCGUACUCAGUUCAAGCACAUAGUUUUUGGUCCACCACUUGAGUCAGAGGAACGAGACGCCACUUUUCCUGCCAUCCGCGACGCGGUCACAGCUCGGGAUUGGAAUCUAGUCAAGGAACAGGUGGAAAAAGCCGCGCGUAUCUUGGUGAAAGCGAGCAAAAAACUUAAUGGAAAUUCCUAA